AUGGAACUAAUGAGUUCCUUGUUGUUCUGCGCGCUAGUCGUAUAUUUGCCGCAAGCGUUAGGUGAAAAUCGACAUACAAGACGACUUAAGCUAGCCAAUGAUGUCGAUAUAAAAUUUAACAACUCGAUGAUUAUAAAUCAAAUGCCGAUGCCAAAGAGAAUUUUACUAAACAUCAACGGACCACCGCUAGUGAAUAUGCUCAGUGACCUACAAAUGGUUUUUAUGGAUGUAAAAUGCAAAAAAUGUAUCGAUUGCAUGGAACGAGCAAUCAAAGCCUUUAAGGCACAUUAUCAUGUUGUGGAAGCUCGACCAAGAGCGGAUGAACUAUACGAAGAAGUGUUAAAAAAUCGUUACAUAUUUAGUAAUCGUAAUAAAAGAGAGACUCCGAAAAUAGUAGAAACGCCACAAACAACAACUACUUCUAAACCUAAAAGGUCAAAGACAAAGAAAAGAGCAACUAAAUCGGUAACCGUAACAAAAUACGUUGACGGAGACGUUUACGCGCUAAAAGUUAAGGAAACGAAUACGCAAGUCAGUGUAGACCAAAAUAACGUGACUCAUACUACAAGUUGUCAAAUUUUCAGCGUUAAGAAAUCAUAUCCGUGUGACAGUCCCGACUCUGUCGCAUUUUUGACCACGGCUAGGAGGAAACUGAAUAAGAGAAUGAAGAAAGAAAAGGAGGCAAAUAGAAUUGAUCCAUUAACUACAACGACUACUACAGACAAACCUCAUUUUUUAGCCCCAGCUUUUAGAAAACGUCAUGUAGACAACUCGCAGGUUCCAGAAAAUGUUAUGCCUUCAAUAGAGGAAUUGUAUUAA